CUUCUGGUUCACACAAUAUGGCCGGAAAAUCUUCAUUCUAUACACAGGACUACAGGAGUGAGGCGUGUGUCAGGCAAUGGUUGAGAUCGAGUCUUGAGAGUUGAACGCAGACGGCAGAAAUUCCGCCGGCCGCCUUCGUCCAAAGUUCCGCAGACCGGUAGACGGCAAAAUCUCAGAUGGACAUGGCUCUUUCCAGGCUUCUAGUUUGAGACUUCAAACUUCCGGCUUCGUCAGACGUUCGCAGAUGGCAGAUUGGCAGUUAAGUUUGAGAGUUCUUCGGAUGUUUCUCCAAUCAUCCGAAGUAUGAAUUCUGAAGUUUAUUGUUUCUCCAAUCUCCAGACUUUGGUAUGUAAUUUUAAUUAUAAUUGAAAUCUAUUUUACUUACUUUUAUUGGUUAUAUGCUUUAAUUAAUUAUUUAAUUUGAAAUUGGAAAUUUAUUGAUUCAUUAAUCUGUUUGACUUACUUUUAUCGGUUAUAUGCUUUAUUUAAUUAUUUAAUUUUAAAUUGGAAGUUUAUUGAUUCAUUAGUUCGGCUAGUUUGAUUUUUUUUUUUUUGCAAGUUUAUUGAUUCAAUAGUUUAAUUGCUUUUUAGUGUUAUUGAUUAAUUGCUUGAAUUGGUAUACCACAUAAAGUAGAAAUUGAUUGUGCAAUUUUUUGAUUAAUUAGUUUCAUUGCUUUAGUUAUUUUAAAUUUUUGCCAAAAUUGAAAAUGAGGCAAUUUUCCAACAUUUUCAACGUAUGCAAACAUGCUGCACGCAAUUGUCUAAAUUGGCUUCUUCUUCUAACAUUUAAUUGUAAUGUAAUGUACUUUUCUCACAAAUUUUAUAUUCUGUAAACUUUAGUAACAACUUAUAUUUUUGCAUUUUCUAAUACUUUUAGCCACCCCUUUAAUUUCGUUCUGGUUCCGCCACUGUAUAUAAUUACUUCGUAUAUGAUUGAGCACGUUCCAACUUUUUGAGAUAAAGGGUUCGAAAGCUCACAAAAAUGAAAAAACAAAGCAUAAAAAUACAUUUUCCUAUCUAUGAAUAUAAUAAAUGAAAAUUACUUCGUAUUUCCUACGGAGUAUAAUCUAGCUAUCAUAUCUCCGUAACAGAUAUAUCUUCCCAAACAACCGUAACGUUACGAUUAAAAGCCCACUUGGUAAUAAAAUCUCCUCAUUUUCCGGAAACUUAUGAAGUUAUGAUUGAAGUGCUUGGAUUAGCUGAUUCUGAUGAUUUAUAUUUAAAAUAUAUUUUAAAGUAUAUUUAAAAUAUAUUUGAAAUUAUGUGUAAAUUAUUAUGUGUAAAUUAUAUUUAAAAAUAUUUUAUUACGGAGUUGAAGGGUAUUUUUAUUCUCUAACAUAUAUUUUAAUGGUAUAUUUGUAUUCUCUGUUUUUACCCCAUGGGUCUGAGGGAGGGGGGUUGGGGGUUUGAGUAUUGAACACGGGACCUUCUAUAAGGAAAAAUGAGUCAACGACCAGUUGAGCUGGACCACUUUUUCCUUACAUUAACUCAUUGAUGAUAAGAAAUAUACGUUCUUGAAUAUUUUGUGUUUUGAACUAUUUGAGUACUAUCUCUUCCCAUUUGACAGUUUUGAUUUGAAAAUGACACAUUUUUAGACAAUGGUUAAAUAAAACAAUUUUGAGUACAGUUUGAAAAGUAGUUUGGUGAGUAUCUAACAUAUAAAAUUUUCUUAAACAUUACUAAAUGGAAGCCAAAUUUGAAAAAAAAUGAAUACUUGGCUUAUAUCGACAAAAAUGUGACUAUCACAUUAAUCAAUUUGGAAAAUUAUGAGUGUCAUGUGCUAUUGGUCUAUUAUGUCAUUGACGGUUUUUUAUGUCAAUGUUAGUUUAUUACUCCCUCCGUCCCUUAAAGAUGUUCCCAGUUUCCUUUUUGGACGUCCCAGAAAGAAGUUACCAUUUCCUUAAAAGGAAAGAAUAUUAACAUGGAAUACUAAUAUACUCUUCCCAUUUACUCUCCUCAUUUACCCAAUUACUCUCCCCACUUUCCCCAUCAUUAUCCGGAUAACCCAUUUACAUUCCCCACUCGCCUCCUCUCUCUCUAGAACGUGCCUUCAUCUUCUUCUGGUUUCCACGCAUGGAAUCCUCCACCAACCCUACCCCUUCCAUUGAUGAACACCCUGUUUCUGUGUCAUCUUCGAAUUCAGACUCCAAACGGUUAAACCUUUCCGAUGGUCAUCCACUUGUAACAAACCCUAGCCUCUGUGAUUUCGAAAAAAAAUCGGUCACCCAUUCUAAAGUUAUUCGUCCCGUUUGGGUGGACGACGACGAAGAAGGAGACCGUGGAUGUGGGUGGACUACAUCAUCUGAAACAGAUCCGGGUUGGAAGCUGCAGAAGUGGUAUGGAUCCCAGUGUCCUGAGUCUCAAGAAUCAGUUGAAGAAGGCGAGGAGGUUAAUUCCUUCGACGCCAUGUUCCCAGAUCCCUAUGCGGAUGUAUUUCGGGACACCCCUUAAGGGAGGUCUCUGUAUUCCUUACAUAUGUGUAUUUCGUUUGAAUUUGCACAUUUGUUACCCCAUUUUGUGGUUAUUGGCCACUUUAUCUGAUAAAUGAUGAAUUAUUGUGCCAUCGCAUAACCUGAUUGUUGCUCAAAUGAUGAAAUUACCUGAUUCUUUCUUACCUUACUGCUACACAAGUCUCUUUGUGUUUUGUGGUUGCCUUCAUCCACUUUCUCUAAGUGUAGGAGGCUAUGUAAAUGAACUGGUGAUCCUAUUUCUGGGUUGCUUUCAGUUCAUAUGCCACCCACUUUGACUAAGGGUAGGAGGCUAUGUAUCUAUAUUUGUGCUGUUUGCUAAUGAUGAUAGGGCUUACAUUACACUGAUGUGAGGCACUGCACUUACACUACUUGCCCUUGUCUGCUUACUUUAGUGCUUCUACUGAUGAUGAUAGGGGUUGUGUGGUUACUGAGUGAGUAAACUGAUGAUGGCCCAGCCUUUGAAGCUAAUGUAUGUGCAUGUGUGUGAGUAAGAUUGUGUCAUUUGACUUGAAUGCAUACAUGAAUGCCAUGUACUGGUGAUGACUAUUCCGCUUGCCUUCAUACAUAUGCCACCCACUUUGAUUAAGUGUAGGAGGCUAUGUAUCUAUAUUUGUGCUGUUUGCUAAUGAUGAUAAGGCUUACAUUACACUGAUCUGAGGCACUGCACUUACACUACUUGCCCUUGUCUGCUUACUUUAGUGCUUCUACUGAUGAUGAUGGGGGUUGUGUGGUUACUGAGUGAGUACACUGAUGAUGACCCGACCUUUGAAGCUAAUGUAUGUGCAUGUGUGUGAGUAAGAUUGUGUCAAUUGACUUGAAUGCAUACAUGAAUGCCAUGUACUGGUGAUGAUUAUUCUGCUUGCCUUCAGUACAUUUGCCACCCACUUUGACUAAGUGUAGGAGGCUAUUUAUCCAUAUUUGUGUUGUUUGCUAAUGAUGAUAGGGCUUACAUUACACUGACCUGAGGCAUUGCACUUACACUACUUGCCCUUGUCCGCUUACAUGAAUUGACUUGAAUGCAUACAUGAAUGGCAUGUGGUUACCAUAAGUAACCAUGUACUGGUGAUGAUAUUUCUGGUUGCCUUCAGUACAUAUGCCACCCACUUUGACUAAGUGUAGGAGGCUAUGUAUCUGUACAUAUUUCUGGUUACCAUUUCACUUGAAUACACACAUUUCUGCCAAUAAACAUACAACUAUUUGAACAAAAGAUACUACACUGCCCCUACAUUUUGAUAUUGUAGGCUAGGCAUUCAUGGCAGCACAUACAUCACUUGUACACGUCACCUACAUAUUUUGUGCUAUGUUCCUUUGGUAGUGUAUAUACAAAAAGUUGUCCCUUACAUUUGUUAGGCAUUUAAAGAACAAUUUAGAGGGAAUUUUGAAUUUUGGCGUACUGCAGCUUUUUUAGCAUUAACCCUCCCUUUUGUUUGGAGGGGUUUCCAAACUUGUAAGCUGGACUCAGUUUCCAGCACUAUAGAACCAUCAAAUCACUUUUAAAAGUUUUUUAGCCCCUUAAUUUAUUGUUUUUACCACUGCAGCUCCUUUCCCUUUCUUUUUUGUUUUCGGAAUAAGCCAGCACGUGGGGAUGGGAGGGCAAAUAGGGAAAGUCAACAACACUUUUACUUUUUCAUAAAAAUGUGUGAGGGUCAAACGGGGAACAUCUUUACAGGACGGAGGGAGUAUGUUAUUACCAAUUAUUGUUGGUGUCACUGCCAAUAGUUGUCGGUGCCACUUCCGUUGUGAAAUACGUAGUAUAUCACUUCGAUUUUUUUAAUGACUUUUCCCGAUGAAUCUUAAAUAGUUAUAAAUAAAAUAAAACUUGACGAACACUUUCUGAUGACUGCUCCUGUGGUCAACGGCAGUUUCCGAUGAUAGUGGGGAAGGCGUGGGCAGUUUGUGGGGGUUAGAAGGAGAGAAAAUUUAAUUUAAUUAAACAAAUGUUAAUAACGUUUCGCCGUUUCAGAAAAUUAAAGGAAAACUAGUCAUAUUUUUUCAUUAUAUUUAUGGUACCUUUUUCGGAAUAUAAUGUUAUACUCCCAUUAAGGAAUUAAUUAAUUAAUUAUGUAAUACUAAUCAAUUACCUUUUUCGAAAAAGUAGUAAUUGAUGAUAAAAUUUUCAUCUAAGGGAGUUAAUUAUUUUGUAAUGUGAAAUGAGAAUAUUGAUAUGAGACGUAGAAAAGGGGAAAGAUAAAAUAUUGAAACGGGAUGAUUCUACCAAUAUCAGAACAGACCAGAAAUUUCAGUCCUAGUAAAAACAUCUUUAGUUACCCAAUAUUUGAGAGUAUACUUACACAUCCAAAGAUCAAUCAUUUCUAAACCUUUUUUUAAUACACCUCCGUCCUGAAAAGAUUUGUAUACGAAUUUUUCUUGGUCAAUUAUGACAAACUUUGGACAAUGAUUUUAAUUAUUAUAUUUGUAUAUAUCUUAUAAAUUUUAUACUGUUAUGAAAAUAGUUUGAAUAGGGUACAUUUUAAUAUUAUUUUCAUUUAACAUAAUUUCGUGUUAGAAAAUAUUAUUGGUCAAAAUUGAAUAUCACUUAUCAAAAACUUCAAUUUGAUGAACCUUUUUGGGACAGGAGUAUGUAGAAACUACAGUCAAUUAUAACAUAAUAUUAGGGAGUACGUACUAUUGAUAUGUGAUUAUGCUAUACUAUGUGAUAAUGCUAUAGUAUAAAUUUUAGGAUGAUGGUGGUAAUUUACGAGGAAAGGAUCAAUUGAGUACAUCAAUUUGUACCAAGUAGAGUAAAAAGUAUACUAUAUUGCAUUUGACAUUUAUAAGUACAUAAACUCGGUUAUUUAAUAUUAAUUGAGUACAUUUGUUAGAUUAACACGUCAAUAUGCCUGAGUUAACUAACAAAAUCCUGAGCAAUGGACCAAGUUUAUGACGCCAACAUUCACAAAAUUGACCAAAAAGAAAAAAUCGACAUUUGGAGGUCGACCUGCAUGGGGCAUCGGCCGACAUGGGUGCAUCGACCAAGGGAAUAUUCACCUGUGGAGGAUUGACGUUGAUCAAGAGGAAGUCGAUCAAGGGGCUGGGGUUGGUGUCAAUCUUCAGGAGUCGACUUAUUAGCAUUCUGAUAGCAAACUCAUCCACAUUAACAUGUUAAUCUAAUAGGUGUAUUCAAUAUAGUGUACUCUUUACUCCAUUUCAUACAAGUAUAUGUACUAAAUUGACCCUUACCUCGGUAAUUUACAUAUUUAGAGAAAUAAUAACUUUCAUACUUUAUAAUUUCACACUACUUUUAUCUCUAUUUUAGAAAAAUUUCCUUUGAAAUAACAAACGAAAGGAUAUGAAGUUUUUGAUGGAUAAUGGUUAUGAAGAAAGGCUAGACGUACCCUUAAUUAAUACAACAAAUAAAAACAAACAGGGAGCACAUAAUUUAGAAAAUGGCUUAAACACGCCUAUAAUUUAUCCAUGGCUAUCAAGGAAAUUAAGAGCAGCCAAUAACCACAAAUUUCUAAGCGUAACUAGGAGGGCAUUCCUUCACUCUUUAGAGCCUUGCAGCGCUUCGAAGUUUCCCACACCGGUAGUUUCGAAUGUAAAAGGAGUAAAUAAAACCAGGAAGCUGAGAAUCAUGGUCACGACCUUACUUGAACAGGAUCUGUUCUAUAGGAUCGUACCUCUGAAUCCUUGAAUUAUAAGGAGACCAGAAACCAAACCUGGUUGAUGACUGAAGGCCUGGGGGUUAGAGCGUGAUUAGCAGCUCCGGUUCAGCUAUGAGUCGAGCAGUGGAUGAUCGUUCUCAGUCGCACGCGGCUGGGGUGACCUCUGGGCUGUCUGACAGGUUCCAAAUCUUUUUUGGUUUGGUGGAUUCUUCUUCUUCUUCUGUUCGUGAGUUUGCUUUGGUUGCUAGUCUCUUCAUCUCAGUUCACUAAGCUUCGGAUUUUCUUCUACCUCUCGAUGGGGAUUCAAAUCCAACGAAGUUCUGCACCAAAACAUAGAUUGCGAGGCAGAGCUUGCGACAUCGACCUCAAUCUAUUCAGUCUAUUGAAUGAGGAAGACGACUAUCUGCUUUCAUCAUCCGAGUGGACGACUCCUUGCCCAGAUUUUUUUGUAUAAGGAAAUUGAUAGAUUUCAUAUUUUCAGGUAUCAUCCCUUCUCUUUGUGUUUUUUCACUUCACAUUUAUACAUACUACUUACUAGAAUUUCUUCUAUAAAAAUCCAUUAAUUUAUACUGUGCAUGUUUUCUUUUCACUCUACAGAAAUAAAAGUUGAAUUAGAAAGAAGAUGUUGUAAAUGUUUAAUGAGAAAGCUUAUCACUCCACGUAUCCACCUCAAUUACUCUCAUUCGGAUUGUUGACAGCUUCAUCCUUUUUGCAAUUUCCUCAUGUAGUGAAUAAAGCAAAGUUUCAUAGCGAUCUGUUAUAUCAAAAUCUUUUAAGAGUUGUUGUUACAUGAUCAUCUCUUAUCUAAUAAAAGACUCUAUUAUGUUUCUUAGAGUAGGAGCACCAGAGUCUUGUCAAAACAUCAUAUAUUCUUAAAGUGGCUAACAGUAGGUCCUCUUGUUUACAACCAAUAUUUGGGAUCAAUGUGUUCACUUAUGAUAAUUAUGUUAUAUUCUUCGUUUCUUCCUAUCAUUGUUAAAACAUGCAAUGAUAGAGAACAAAUUAAAGUGAUGAAUUAGAAGAAUAAAAAACCGGUGAAGAGAUUGUGGAUGCAAAAGCAUUUUGUUAAGUUGUUGAUGAAGUAGGAGUGAAUUGUCUAGGUGAAACAGAAGUUCUUACUGAUAGAGUUGUUGAAGACCAGAGGGGGGGAGAAGAACAAUGUGACGGUUUCUGUUGAGGGAUUAGGUUUGAAAGAAUGGGUUUGAAGGAUUGGAGAAACCAUAUGAUUUGUGACCCAUAUAGCAACCUGGUGGUGCAACAGGUGGUGCAAAUUCUACCUCACCUGGAGUGGACACUGCAUAGUCAUCCUGCAAAGCAAGGAGAUUGCGGGAUUGGAGAUGCAAUGACUUGACAGCUUGAUGUUGGAGCUUUAUGUAGUGAUCUAUAAUCUUACCAGGAUCUCAGAAGCAAACUAGCAAAGCGCAUUUUGUUUUCCUAUAUUGUUGCUACAAAAAUAUACUCCGUAUGUUAUUACUAGAAAAGGAGGUGUGGUUACUGAAUUGUCACCAUGGUAUUACUACAUGCUGGAAAUAGACACCAUGGUAUAUCCUUUUUGUAAUGUCUCCCAAGUCCCAAUAAAUUUUUGUUUUGUUUUGUUUUGCUAUUUUUAAAAAGUUGUCUACACCUGCAACUUCCUUUUCUUUGUUAGUUCCUAUCAGUUAUCUUUUAUGGGCAAGAAAGAUAGGCCACCAUGAUAUAUCCUUUUUGUAAUGCCUCCCACGUCCAAAUAAAUUUUUGUUUUGUUUUGUUUUGUUUUGCUUUGUUAUUUUUAAAAAGCACUCUACACCUGCAACUUCUGUUGCUUUGCUAGUUCCUAUGGGUUAUCUUCUAUGGGCAAGAAAGAUAGGCCACCAAAAGGUGGUCUUUCUUCCUUGAACAAAGAAUAAAGGACACACUGUCUUCAAUGGGAAUCACUAUAUAUCUUUAUCUGAAAAUUUUAAGUUCAGAUGGUCUUUUUAUAUUUGAAUCUUUAUAUCUGAUUUUUUUGAAUUUAUAUAAAUUGUUAAGCUCUAUUUUGGUCUGAUUUGGAUCUUUUAACUUGAUUUAAUUGAAUCUUUUGUUUCCUUAGUUCUGAAAGGGUUAAACCUAUGGAAAAGCUUAAUGGUUUGACAACACCAAUGCAGCUUCUUCAGAAAUUGUUCUCUGUGGACCAGCAAGUUGCUUCCUGGUUAAACAACUUUGGUGCAUGAGUUUUUUUAUGAAUCCCAGUUCAUGUUCAGUAUGUUUAGGCUCUGUUCCCCUUAUAUAUUUCAUUGUUCCAACAAAUUAUGCAGAACUGUUCGCCACAAAUCUGACAUGCCAAUCAUAUAUGCAAGUGAGGCUUUCUAAUGAAUGACAAGUGCAUAUAAAGUUGCAACUUUUCUCAAAUGGUUGUUUAAAUAAGCUUGAGGGUUUGAUUACGAUCUACAUAUUUUCAAGCAAAUUUCAUUUGUAAGUCUAUUUUGUCCUUAUAGUCCUUGUGCAAAACCAGUUUGAUCAUUUGAUGCAUAUGUAACUGCAGAUUGAACCUAAAGAAUAUUUAAUUUAUUUAUCUACGCACUAUUUGAUAUUUUAUUUAUGGUAGAUACUGUUUUAUUGUUCUAAGGGGUACUUUUCUAUCUUGGCACUGUACUAAUCCAACACAUCUAAUUUGUGCUACAACAGCAGCUUCCCAACCCCCAAUCCGCCCCACAGGUAUCUAAAAAUGCAAAGUGAAGCCUUGGAUGUGUCUCUAACUCGUUGGAUAUUUUGCAUUAUGUUUCCUGAUCCUUAAUUGCCAUUUUUUAUUUUUAUUAAAAAAAUAUUGUGAUUUUGAACUUGUGAGCUGAGGUUUAUAAAACCUUAGUCCUAUGUUGGUGCACACUCAGAGAGGGACCAAGUUGGUGCACACUCACAUGAAGCAUAUGAUAGUUAUGAACUUGACUUGGAUAACAUGCUAUCAUCUAUCAUAACAUGAUUAAAUGGAGGGAGAUGACGACGACAUGGAUGAUACUAAGCAUGCCCUUCAGUUAUGUGAUGUGUUGGUCCAACCAAAUGAUGAAGAUGAAAUGGUGGGUGGACAAUGGAACCACAUGAAGAACACUUUUGUAUUUUGCUAUUGAACAUGCCCUUCAAUUAUGUAUGAAUGACCAUGGGAUUUAAUGUAUGUAUUAUUCUUUUUUAGUACUUUGUGUAAGGUUUUCUAGAAACAGUGGGCAGUAUUUUUGCUAGAAACGAGUUUUUGGCUACACUGAAUGUAUUCUGACCUAGUUUGGUAUAUAUAAGAUGUCACUUUAUCAUAUGGGGUCAGAUGUGAGUGAGAUUAUAUGUCAUAUGGCGGCACUGAAUGUUUUUUUACCUAGGUAUAUAUUCAAGUCAUUUAUGAAGUUCAUAUGUGAGUGAGUGAUGUGUAUUUGUUCACAUGGUUGCACCAAAUGUAUUUUGAUUGAGUUAUAUAUAUAGAUAUAUGUCAAUUCUGAAGUUCA